AGUCCGCAGUCCGCACCGCACCAAGGUCCAAGCGUUGGUCCAAGCCAAAUCCGCACAGCACCAGGCCAGAUCCGCACCGCACCACUCCAAAAUCCGCACCAGCCGAACAAGCCCGCACCGACGAGAUCUCGUCGAAAUUGCCAUACUUUGCAGUCUGGAUGUACCGUGAUUCGAUGCUCCAGUUGAGCUGAGCCUGGCCAGUUUGAGUUGAGACAACAAUACCAUACCAACCACACAUUUGCAUUUUUGGCAAGCCACGUUCUAACUUCUACCCCUACUUUGACCUGUCAAGCAAAUGUGGGAUACAAACUGAGCAAUGCUGAGCAACCAGUAGCCAGCCAUAUUUACCUCAGUAUCAGUUCAUAAUGUUAUAUUGAUCUGGAUGUGAAAUCAGAAUUACCAUCAUCUAAGAUUCCGGCACUUCUGGAACGUUUCAUUCUGACAGCGAUCCAUCUGGAUUGAAUCACUCAUCACAAGACGGAGUGGUGUCCCAGGACCUGAGUGCCGGAGGAGUUGCUGCGUUGUCCGUGGCUGCGGCGGCGGGUUCGGCGCGGCGCGCGGUGGUGGCGACUUCCGAGGCGUGCCCGCGGGCCCUGGUGUCGGAGACUGCGGCCUCUGGAUCGACGGUGAGAUCCGCCGGCCAUGGGCCAUGGGUCGCCACAGUGAGCUGCAGCGCUCCGUGCUCGCUCUGUACCGACAGUGCCUGCGCGCCGCCGCCCAUAAACCGGGCGCCGCCGCCGCCGUGCGCGCAGAGUUCCGCCGCAACGCCGACGUUCCGCGCCUCGAGGUGAUGCGCAUCGAGUUCCUGCUGCGACAGGGCCGCCGCAAGCUGCAGAUGCUCCAGGAUCCGCACGUGUCGCAAAUGGGCCAGUUCCGCAGCGACGACCAGUGACCAGCGUCUGCAAGCUGAGCGGUUUUAGGGGCUUACAGGAUACAGCAGCACGGUUUGGACUGCUGAUAACGCAUGGUUUGGACUGCAUCACGAGCUGACGGAUUAUCAGCUGGCCUGCUCCCCUUGCCAGAUUAAAGACUCCUCCACCGCACGAUGAGCCGGCUGGUGCGUGUGCGCCACCUGGGUCUGGUCAGCUACUCGGCCGGCCUGGCCGCCCAGAGGGCAGCACUGUCGGCCCACCAGGCGGCGCUGGCGGCGGGCGGUCCGGCGCCUCACGAGCUGCUGCUGCUGGAGCACACGCCCGUGUACACGGUGGGCCGGCGGCAGCAGGGCGCCGACACCGCCGCAGAGGAGGCGCGCCUGCGCCGGCUCGGCGCCGAGUUCGAGCGCACCGGCCGCGGCGGCUUGAUAACCUUCCACGGGCCCGGCCAGCUGGUCGCCUACCCGAUGCUGAACCUGCGACAGCUGGGCGUGCCCGGCCCCAGGAGGUACGUCUGCCUCCUGGAGCAGGCCAUCAUCAACGUCUGCGGUCAGCUCGGUGUGCCGGCGGCCACCUCUCCGCACACGGGCGUCUGGGUGGGCGACAACAAGGUCUGCGCGCUCGGGAUUCACCUGACGCAGCGCGUGCUGAGCUCGCACGGCCUGGCGCUCAACUGCUCCGUCGACCUCGACUGGUUCCGGCACAUCGUGCCGUGCGGCAUCGCCGACAAGUUCGUCACCUCGCUGACGGCCGAGCUGGGUCGCCCGGUGGCCGUGGCAGAGGCGGCGCCGCUCGUGGCCGACGCGCUCGCGGCCCGCCUCGGCUGCCGGCUGGUCUGGGAGGACGGCGACCGGCGGGCCAGUGACGUCAGCGCCGCUCAGCCAAUCACCGCCGAGUGACGCCGGCCGAGCCGCGCCAGCCGAGUUUGUCCGAUAUUUAUAGUGUUUGCUAGCUACUAACUGGGCAUUUCCGCAAUCCACAUUUUAUGAAAUUGCUAAACCCGUAGCGGUGCGCUGUGAGUUGUGAAGUGAAAUGGGAUGUGUGGUCGCAUGUCGGGUGGCCGGUGGGAUGGGAGUUCUGACGGUGAAAUGUGAGCUGGUAUCUAUGGGAUGGAACAGUAAAAUGUGCGACUGUGUGAGCGAUGGAAUGGUGAUAGAUAACAGGCGUUAUUUCACACUCAGGCUAGACAUAGUCUAUAGUAGGUGAGUAAAGUAAGUCAGUUACCUCAGCCAGGGGGUCGAGGCAGGGUAUAAACCAUUGAAGGACGGUUGACACUAAACCAUGCAGCCGCAAGACGCAAAAAGAGCCGUGAUAUAUCAAUCAGACGUAGGUACCUACCUACCGUCCAAACCUCAAGCUUCUAAGUUGUGUGGUGGCACCGCGGUCGGUAGACUCACAGUGUAUAUAAAUAUAUAAAAGGUAUUCAUUUCAUUUAUGAAUAGAUCUAUUCUCAUCUAUUCAUUUAAAUGAAUAGAUAGAUGUGCCUAGGCA